CAAAAUAGUUCUCAAUCAGUUGGAUCAUCUUUUUAUUCCUAAAUAAAUAAACUCCAAAAGCAUCUCUCUGUUUCUUCUCCUCUCUUCAAGCUUUUUGUUUCGUCUCAGUCGUCGUCAUCAUCUCUGACAGGUGAAUUGAAUAAUAUUCCACUUUCAUUAUUCCUUCUUCUUCUUUAUAGCUUUUCCACAUGAAUUUUUGUGUUUGUGCUUGUAGAUCUAAGGUUUUGUCCAGUUUCCGGAGUAAUUGAAAUUUGCAGAGAAAGAAAAAUCCAAUUUUUGUUCAUUUUGGAAAAAAUCUGAAUUAGACUGAUUGAUAGUACACAUUUUUUAGAAAUUUUGGAGAAACCCAUGUAUAGUAAGCUACAAAAUGAUCAAUUAUACUCAGAUCAUUUCAGAUAUAUAAUGAGAAAUGGUAGAUUAAUCAUUGUUAUUUGUUAGGUUGAUUCAAAUAAACAUUAGAAGCUAUUUGAUGAAUCUGUCUAUGUCUACUUGUGGCAGCAAGGUUAUUCACAUAGGCAAAGAAGUCAUUCUUUUGCAUGCUGUUUUCCAAUAAAGUUAAUUCUCUAACAGAACAAGUUUCGAGAUUGGAUAUUGACGACAACGAUAUGGGACUUGGAGGUAGUGAAACAAUGGAAUGCAAGUGUGGUAUGCCUCUGUGUAUCUGUGUAGCUCCUCCCAAAUCAACUGAUAAACCAAACCCACCUGCUACCAUUGCUCCUGUGGUUCUUCCUCAGUUGAAGUCAGAGGCUUCAGCAAAAAGUAAAGGUUCCACUUCCAGCAGCAAUGCUAGAUCAGCUCUAAAUGCUGGACUAGACACCCCCCAAAGAGACUAUGAAGCCAGUGGGGAGGGAUUAAGAGAAGCGAUUAAGAAUGGUGACAGUGCUGGUGCGAAAAAGCUUCUAAAAGAGGGCGUAGAUGCAAAUUACCGAGACAGGCAAGGAAUGUCGGUGCUUCAUCUGGCUGUCCUGUUCAACCAAACUGAUAUUGCGUUGAUGUUGAUGGAUCAUGGAGCAAGCCUUGAGUACAAGAAUGCACAAGGAGAAACACCGCUAGAUUGUGCCCCGGCAACACUGCAAUACAAGAUGCGGGAAAAGAUGAAGUCCACUUAACAGCAUGCCUCAGACAGAGCUACAAAUCAUUCCUCAAAUCUUUUUCAGAUAAGGGAAAGAUUUGUAAUGGAAAAAAUCAAGGGAUCAUGAAUUUGCUUGUAACUUUAGUUGCAUUCUGUGUGCAAUUUUCCAUGUUAUGUGAUCUUUGAACCAUGUCUUCUUCCGCUAUGACAUAAAAACUCCCUUUUGUUUUUAUGUCAUCAAAAUGUGACAAUGCAGAAACAAAUACCAGCAUUGUUAUCAUACGAAUUCAUUUAUCUUACAAACUUUGUUUUCAAA